CGAGGUCUGGCUAGGUACCUGAGAUCAUCAUCAUGUUGAAUUGAACCAACUUCACAACCUCAUUCCAUUCCAGCUUCAUCUCUCCCUUGUCGUCUACAUUCCUCCCUCCAUCUUCUUCUCCCCUUCCUCAAACCUCUCAUUCCUCUUGAUCUCCUCGUCUCACCACACACUCGUUAUGUUCAAGAUUGUUUUGGCCCUCUUGGCCGUCUCACAGUCUGUCUUUUCAUCACCCCUCAACCCCCGAUUUGAAUAUGCCGUCAAAGAGUCCAUCAAUGUACCUCCCAAAUGGUCUGUGGCUGGAAAUCCUCAUCCAUUUCACCUCCUGAAGCUCAACAUUGGUCUACAACCCAAUAAUUUCGACCUUCUCGAGCAACAUUUGUUCGAGGUCUCGGAUCCUUCUCACCAUCGCUAUGGUCAACAUCUUUCUCAGCAACAAGUCCACGAUCUAGUCUCACCGACCGAUGACACCGUGAACUCGAUUCAGGAUUGGCUGUCCGAGAACGGCAUUGACUCGUCUCACCUCCAAUUCAACGCGGCCCGAGACUGGCUCACACUCACUCUGCCUGUUGCUCAGAUUGAACGACUCCUCGACACCAAGUACUCGGUGUACAAGCACGAAGAUGGAGCGAAGCUCGUCCGAACCACCAGCUGGUCUCUCCCGCGCUCGCUGCACGACCACAUCACGACCAUUCAGCCCACCACGGCGUUUCUACGUGCGAACCCCAAGGGGGAAACCGUCCUCACCGUCCCGACCGAAAUCGAUCUGGCCGAGCUCACUGCCGCAGCCAACUCGACCUCACUCGGCCAAGUCUGCAAUUUCGCGGGCAUGACGACCAAAUGUUUGAGCGCGCUGUACAACACCGUCAACUACACGCCUCGAUCCGUCAAGAACAACUCGAUCGGCUUCACCAACUACCUCGGCCAAGUUUCGAGUCGCCCCGACGCCAAACUGUACCUCCAAAACUUCCGCCCCGAGGCCGUCAACUCGUCUUAUGCGUUGAAGCAGGUGUCCAUCGACGGCGGCGCGAUCGACAACGCCACCGCGGGCGCCGGCGUCGAAGGGAACCUGGACCUCGAGACCAUCUUGGGUCUCGUCUACCCGACCCCCGUCACGGCGUACUCGACGGGCGGCAUGCCACCCUUCGAGGCCGACGCCUUCACCGCCGAAAACACCAACGAGCCCUACCUGACCUGGGUCCUGUGGAUGCGCGACCAGGACCCGGCCACCCUGCCCAAGGUCGUGUCGACCUCUUACGGCGACGACGAACAGACCGUGCCUCGAACCUACGCGCGACAGGUCUGCAACCAAUUCGCCGCCCUCGGGGCCCAAGGCGUUUCCCUGUUCUUCAGCUCGGGCGACUACGGCGUCGGCGGCAACGACAGCUGCGUCAGCAACGACGGCAAAAACACCUCCACCUUCCUGCCCGCCUUCCCGGCCUCCUGCCCCUACGUGACCACCGUCGGCGGCACGAGGGGCUACCCGGAACGGGUCGCCUUCGACCCCGGCAACGGUUACGCCUCGGGCAGCGGGUUCAGCAACUACUUUGCCCGGCCGAGCUGGCAAGACACCGCCGUCGAACGGUACCUCGACACCGUCGGCGACGAGUUCAAGGGCCUGUACAACUCCUCGGGCCGCGCCUACCCGGACAUCUCGGCCCAGAGUUACCGGUACAUUGUGUUUCUCAACUCGACCGUCCGCACCGUCGACGGCACGAGUUGCUCCACCCCGACCAUGGCGAGCAUCUUUUCCCUCGUCAACGACGCCCUGGUCGCAGAGGGGAAACCCCCCAUGGGUUGGCUCAACCCCUGGCUGUACCAGCAAGGUUUCGCCGCCUUCACGGACGUGGUCAACGGUACGAGCGUGGGCUGUGACGGUCCGGGGUUCGGUGCCGCCAAAGGUUGGGACGUCGCCAGCGGCUUUGGGACGCCGGAUUUUGAAAAGAUUUUGGACGUCUUGGGCAUUGGAAGUCCUGAUAAAUCUGGUGUCGCCACAAAAUGAGGAACACAAACACGCAAACGCACAAAUUUUGGCAAACGCAAACGCAAACACAAACAUCAACAUACAUACCAACGACACCACACAACGACACAUAAUGACACAAACACACAGCCAGCCGGCCAGCCAAGCUAGUUCGUGUGGGCUUUGGCUGGAAUCACCGCCUUUUUAUCAUCAUCGUCAUCAUCCUUAAUAAUAUUUGCAUCUUCUACUCACCCUCACCUUUCAUCAACCAAGGAAAACUUCAAGGAAGAAAAGAGGCGCCACGAAACAAAAAAAAAGAAAAAAACCCACCUUUUUGUAAUGAUACACUAGGGAGCAUUUGCAUUGCAUCGCAUCGAUCAUGGUAAAAGGGAAUCGGCAUCACAUUGCAUAGCGUUAGAAACGCACUCGGAAGAGAGAGAAGACGGCGUUUGUCCACCCAAAAAAAAGACCGAGGCCAAGAGCAAGACCACCGGGCUACUUCGUACUUUGUGUGGAUAAUAAGAAACAAAAGAGGAGAGUUGCUCCAUUCUACGGGAGAGAUACCUAGAAAUAAAUACCUAG